AUGCAAGAGUCCAUUCUUGGUGUCACUGCGAGACUGGCAAACACACGGCAGGUCCUGGAGCUGGGGUGUGGAGAGGGUGAGGGAGGGUCGGAGUGUGUGUGUGUGUGUGUGUGUGUGUGCUGGGGGGGCUGCUCCCUCUGCCCUACUUUUCCUAGAGGAAACGGGAUAACGCUCUGUCUGUUGCUCUGCAGUGAGGACCAGGAUGAGCUGCAUUGCCAGGACACCGACUCGGAUGUGCCUGAGCAGCGGGACGGCAGGUGCAAGGUCAAGUGGACGCAGGAGGAGGAUGAGCGGCUGAAGAUGUUAGUAAGACAUUAUGGGCAGAAUGACUGGAAGUUCCUGGCCAGUCACUUUCCUAACCGUAGUGACCAGCAGUGUCAGUACCGUUGGCUGAGGGUGUUGAAUCCAGACUUGGUUAAGGGCCCUUGGACCAAAGAGGAGGACCAAAAGGUAAUAGAACUGGUUAAAAAAUAUGGCACCAAACAAUGGACUCUGAUAGCCAAGCACCUGAAAGGACGCUUAGGGAAGCAGUGCCGGGAACGCUGGCAUAACCACCUGAACCCUGAGGUGAAGAAAUCCUCGUGGACAGAGGAGGAGGAUCGCAUCAUUUUUGAGGCCCACAAGGUCCUGGGGAAUCGCUGGGCUGAGAUUGCCAAGCUGCUGCCUGGGAGGACUGACAAUGCUGUGAAGAAUCACUGGAACUCCACCAUCAAGCGCAAAGUGGACACGGGGGGCUUCCUCAAUGAAACAAAGGAGUCCCAGCCACUGUAUUUGCUAGUGGAAGUGGAUGACAAUGAGAGCCAAAGUGGAACAAGAGCUGAGAGCCAGACCGUUGUGCCAAACUGGCCAGUUGAUAUCUCUGAAAUAAAGGAGGAGGAUGUCAGCGAUGAGGAGGUGACAGGUUUGCAGGAGUUACCCUCAGAGUUGCCAGCUGCUGACCUGGCUGAGCACAACGGGGAAGGAACCCCAGAUGAUGUGGUGCCUGAGGAUGCCUCGGCAUCUGUCGCAUCUCCGUACAAAUGGGUCGUUGAAGCUGCCAAUUAUUUGUGUCCUUCGUCUGUCCCAGCAUUAAAUGAAGCUCUGGACAUGAUUGAAUCAGACCCGGAUGGGUGGUGUGACCUGACCCAGUUUGACCUGCCUGAGGAACCCUCUGCUAACAGCAGCAGUAGCAACAGCCCCGUGCGGCAAACGCCCAGCAAACCAACGCCAUCCCUACCCAACGUGACUGAGUACCGCCUGGAUGGCCACACCAUCUCCGACCUGAGCAAGAGCAGCAAGGGGGAACUCAUCCCCAUCUCACCACAUGCGGAGGUGAGCUUUGGCACGCCGCCCUCUGUGUUGAAGAGGCAGAAGAAGAGGAAAAUCUCCCUCUCCCCUGUCACGGAGAAUGCCCCCAGCACCAGCCUCUCCUUCCAUGACUCCUGCAACAGCAUGACGCCCAAGAGCACACCUGUCAAGACACUGCCCUUCUCUCCAUCUCAGUUCUUAAACUUUUGGACCAAACAAGAUACACUAGAACUGGAGAACCCAUCUCUUACCUCCACACCUGUGUGCAGUCAGAAGGUGAUUGUCACCACCCCUCUGCACAGGGACAAGACUCCUCUGCUCCAGAAAAACUCAGCGUUUGUCACACCAGAUCAGAAAUAUGUGGUGGACAAUACUCCACAUACCCCAACACCUUUCAAAAAUGCUCUGGAAAAAUACGGACCAAUUAGGCCUUUGCCGCAGACUCCUCACCUGGAAGAAGACUUGAAAGAGGUGCUCCGAAGUGAAGCAGGCAUUGAACUUAUUAUUGAGGAUGACGUGAAGCCUGAGAAACAGAAAAGGAAACAAGGGUUGCGCAGGAGUCCCAUCAAGAAGGUCCGGAAGUCACUGGCCCUGGAUAUUGUGGAUGAAGAUAUGACGCAAAAUAUGGCAGCCCUCCCCAAAACUAUCUGUUUCAAAAGAACCCAGCCUGUGAAUUUCCUGUCGAGAUCCUUGAAUCUUUCCUCCUCAAACAGGAAGAACGACUCUGGCUUGCUCAACAGAGCCUUUGUGCAAGUACAGUCAGAGAAAAUGUCCUACAGGAAAAUGCCAAGCCAUUUCAGACCACCGGCACCAAUGACCAGGGCUUGGAAGGCGGUGGCCUGUGGUGGAACCCGAGACCAACUCUUCAUGCAGGAGAAAGCACGACAGUUCUUGGGCAUGCUGAAACAAAGUCACACAUCAAGGACCUUAAUCUUAUCGUGAAGGAUUGUUCUACUCUUUUUAUUUUAUGUUUUAAAUUUUGUUAUAAAAGAAGAGGAGGGAACUUCAAAGUUGGGGGGGGAAAAGUCCUCUGCAAGGCCAUAGCGUGUAGGGGUGAAUUUCUUCCUUCUAUUCCCAGGUUAGAUCUGUAUUGUAAUAAAUUGAGUUAACUGCUGGCUUAAAUGUUGGAUGCAAGUUCUGGAAUCCCUGUGGAAAGGCAAAUGAGGGAGGGGUGGAGAACUGACAGCAAGAGCACUCAGCAAGACCUGGGUUCUACAAGCAUAGGAAGCUGAUUCGCCUUCAAGCGUGCACGUCAGGCACUGGAAACAGACUUUGAAGGCUGCUGGAUUUCAUGCUGGCUGCUCUGGUACCUUGGGAAUGGCUCUUGUUAAGUUUCCAUUGCAUCUCCUCAUCUGGUUUUUUGUAGGGGAUGGUGGUUCCUCCUUGCUUCUAGGGUGAAGAUGAUGUGCUGUCAUGAGAGAUGUGCUUUGGGGUGAUUCGCAUUUGGAGUCGGCCAGCCCUGCAGGGCUGUUUGUGGCUGUUUGUACUGCCGUGCUGCACAAUGGGAGCAGCGGGUGCUUCUUCCCAGGGACUUGCUCCCUUUGGAAAUAAACAAUGGUGCUAACAACA